AUGUGGAAUAUUUUGAGGAGAGUGUCUUUCAGACGAUCGGCUAGUAAGUGGGCGCAAUUGUCUCAAUGCUAUGACGAAAUACCUCCAAAGGUACAGCUAAUGAUGAGGGAAAGUGGUAGACAGUCUGUUAUCAGAUGUGGAGUAUUGAAACGAGCCAACGGACAUCAGUCUUUACCUACCUUUUUGGGGGCUUUACUAGCAGAUGUCUAUGCAUCUGACCAAACAUGGUUAGCAGUGCUACUUAAUCGACAGGUUACUCGUGCUAGCUCUCUUCUUCUGAUCAAAUUUGGCGAACAGUUCGAUACACAGCAAGAUGGAAACUACACGAGAUUUGCUGUCCCUUCUCCCUUUCUGAAAGAUUGUAAUGUCGAAUUUCUGGAAAUAACCUUUCCAGAUAGUAAGCAAGGUGAGGAUGAAUGCCAUUUCUACAUAGACCUGAGCGAUGGGAGCACCAAGAGGCUCUAUAGAUGGCCUACCGUAACUGUUAAUGAUACGACUAGCUCCGAUCCUCUUCCAUUGUCCAACCAAGUCAAUUCUUCUAUGGCAGCCGAAGGAAUUCUCAAGUUUAUACGUGAUAAGAGCUCUGUGAGUUCAUAUUUACAAGCCAUGGACAGGUCCAAUAUGAGCAGUUUUGCUGAUAGAUUAAAACACAAGAUCCAUGACAGGAAGAAGAUAUUUUCUGAUUUGGGAAUGGCCACAUUGAAGAAUCUUAUGGACAGCGACGAAUCACUGAUCGAAAAUCAUAUUUCAGAGUCUCAAAAGCAGGAAAUGAUCAGACAGGUCGAAGGUUGGAGGCGUCAGGCACACGAAGAGUUGCAAAGUGAAGUAUUGCCUCUUCUACAAAAGUUCUUGAAGAGCCAUCUUUCAAUAUGGAGGAUUUAUUCGUAUUCUGAGGAUAAAUUCAAUUUGAGGCUUAAAGAACUGGUGGACAAACCGUUACGCGAUUUGAAAAUGGUCAAUCUUUUAUACAGUUUGAGAGGCAAACUUCAAUUGGAAGGAUCUGUUAAUUCACCACUGCAUAAUGCACAUUUGUUCGAAAAGGAAGUGACAUUGGCACACCGAGACCUAAAUAAGGUGAUUUAUCAGAACUUCUUCAAAUUGCAACUGCCACUGAUCGUAUGUUCUACUAUGGGCUAUGUAUCGGAACAAUUCUCUCUAUAUUCCAUGGGCGCGUUGGCCUCGCUUGGUAUUGUCCUUGGUUUGCAAAGAGUAAUAUCAAGCUGGGAACUUGCCUCAAAGAAAAUUGUUGAUAACAUCUAUGAUGCCAUCAGGACUUACAUUGAAUAUGAGAGCAACUUCAUGAUUCAGCAAUGUAACGAAAAAUUUGCCGAAGACGAGACCAAGCACAAGCACAAGCAAGAGAUCUUGAACAGUCUACUACAGGACUUGAGGAAGUAA